AGACUGCCUCUGUGAUUGAUGACUAUUAAAAAACGGAUUUUGCCAGAAAGGAAGCACAGGAAUCUCCUCAUCCACUGAGUUAAGAACUUUAAUGGCGUCCCGAUAGAGGCAUCAGGAUGAACACAUUACCGUCGAUGGACCGGCACAUCCAGCAGACCAAUGACAGGCUGCAGUGCAUCAAACAGCACUUACAGAACCCAGCCAACUUCCAGACGGCAGCCACAGAGCUGUUGGACUGGUGUGGAGAUCCCCGGGCCUUCCAGAGACCUUUCGAGCAAAGCCUCAUGGGAUGUCUGACGGUGGUGAGUCGUGUAGCUGCUCAGCAGGGCUUCGACUUGGACCUGGGCUACAGGUUGCUGGCUGUGUGCGCCGCCAACAGGGACAAAUUUACACCCAAGUCUGCAGCCCUGCUGUCAUCGUGGUGUGAGGAGCUGGGUCGUCUCCUCCUGCUGCGUCAUCAGAAAAACAGGCAGAACGAACCGCAGGGCAAAGUCCCCAUGCAGCCUAUGAACAGCAUGAAGCCGGGCCUCACACACAGUGAUGGGUCUUUUCCCUACGACUCCGUCCCGUGGCAGCAAAACACCAACCAGCCCCCGGGGUCAUUGUCUGUGGUUACGACAGUGUGGGGUGUGACCAAUACUUCACAGAGUCAGGUUCUGGGUAACCCGAUGGCUAAUAGCAACAACCCUAUGAACCCCGGAGGUAACCCUAUGGGAUCAGGUAUGUCCGGUAGCGGGGCAGGGAUCAACUCACCCCAGUUCACUGGUCAGCAGCAGCAGUUCCCAGCCAAAGGAGGCUCCAAUCAGCCCUACAUGCAGCAAGGCAUGUAUGGCAGACCCGGCUACCCUGGAGGACCUGGCGGGUACAGUGGGAGUUAUUCUGGUGGUCCCAACGCCCCUCCAGGAGGUAUGGGUAUGACCCCUCACACCCGUCCACCAGGUGACUUUGCUCAACCAGCUGCCGCCGCCGCCGCAGCUGCUGUUGCUGCUGCUGCUGCCACGGCAACAGCCACGGCAACAGCCACUGUGGCAGCCCUGCAGGAGACCCAAAAUAAAGACAUGACUCAGUAUGGACAGAUGUGUUCAUCGUUCCAGAUGGGCCCAGCCCAGGCUUACAAUAGCCAGUUCAUGAACCAGCCAGGCCCACGAGGCCCCCCUGGAGGUAUGAACCCAGCCAGUAUGGGCUCAGCCAUAAACAACCCCAACAUGAGUGGGCCGCCAAUGGGCAUGAACCAAACUCGAGCUCCAGGCAUAGGGCCUUUUGGGGCACAUGGCCAAAGGAUGCCCCAGCAAGGCUACCCCGGAGGACCCAGGCAGGGCAUGCCCAUGCAGGCGAUGAAAAGGCCAUACCCUGGAGAGCCAAGUUAUGGUGGCCAGCAGUAUGGGCCUGGGCCUAAUGGUCAAUUCCCGCCACAGCAAGGACAGUACCCCACAUCUAAUGUCUCCAGACCACUGCCCUCCCCUAACUACCCUGGCCAGAGGAUGCCAGGACAGCAAGGGCAAGGGCAAUACCCACCGGGCAUGCCCAUGGGCCAGUACUACAAGCAAGAGACAUUCAAUGGCCAGAGUACCAACUUCUCCGGGGGUGGAUACUCCUACAGCCAGGGCAAUGGGCCCCAUCGUCCUGGUAACUACCCCCACUCUCCUGUUCCCGGUAACCCCACACCCCCCAUGACCCCAGGAAGCAGUAUUCCUCCAUACCUGUCUCCCAACCAGGAUUCCAAGCCCUCAUUUCCACCAGACAUGAAACCAAAUAUGACGGCUCUUCCUCCCCCUCCAACUAAUCCCAAUGAGGAGCUGCGGUUGACGUUCCCAGUCAGGGACGGGGUGGUGCUGGAACCGUUCCGCUUGGAGCACAACCUGGCUGUCAGCAACCACGUCUUCCACCUGCGACCUUCCGUCCACCAGACACUCAUGUGGCGGUCGGACCUUGAGCUGCAGUUCAAGUGCUACCACCAUGAGGACCGGCAAAUGAACACCAACUGGCCCGCCUCCGUACAGGUCAGUGUCAACGCCACACCGCUCACCAUCGAGAGAGGAGACAACAAGACCUCCCACAAACCCCUGCACCUGAAGCACGUCUGUCAGCCUGGGAGAAACACCAUCCAGAUUACUGUUACCGCCUGCUGCUGUUCCCACCUGUUUGUGCUGCAGCUGGUUCACAGACCGUCUGUGAGAUCUGUCCUCCAGGGACUCCUAAAGAAGAGGCUCCUACCUGCAGAACACUGCAUCACCAAGAUCAAGAGGAACUUCAACAGCGUUGCCGCCUCGACAGGCAACACCACUCUUAAUGGGGAGGACGGUGUGGAGCAGACGGCCAUUAAAGUCUCCCUAAAAUGUCCCAUCACUUUCAGACGCAUCCAACUUCCUGCACGAGGACACGACUGCAAACAUGUCCAGUGCUUUGAUCUGGAGUCCUACCUGCAACUGAACUGCGAGAGGGGGACGUGGAGAUGUCCUGUAUGCAAUAAAACAGCAUUAUUAGAGGGUCUGGAGGUGGACCAGUACAUGUGGGGAAUCCUAAACGCCAUCCAGAAUUCUGAGUUUGAGGAGGUCACAAUUGACCCUACGUGUAGCUGGCGACCUGUCCCUAUCAAGUCUGAGCUACACAUCAAAGAGGACCCAGAUGGACCGCUGGCCAAGCGCUUCAAGACCAUGAGCCCCAGCCAGAUGACCAUGCCCAAUGUAAUGGAGAUGAUUGCCCAGCUUGGCCCGGGACCAGGCCCCGGCCCUGGUCCCAGCCCCUACCCAUCACACCCUGCUCAGCAUGCUGGUGGCAAUGGGGGAGAGUACCCAGGACCAGGUAACAGUUACCAUGGCCAAGGAAACUUUGACUUCCAUGGUAACCCAUCAGGUGGUGGAGGUGCAGGUGGUGGAGGAGCAGGAGGUGGAGGCCCCCCUAUGAAUGACUUUAUGCAUGGCCCCCAGCUCUCCCACCCGCCAGAGAUGCCUGGCCUUCUGUCCCAGGACAAGCCCCUAAGCCACGGCAUGGCUGACUCAAUGUCCCACCCUGAUCAGUCCCAUAAUUCCAUGCAACAGAGCUUGCAUGCGUCGCCACACCCGAGUAACCAAUCAGGGCAGCCCUUACAUCACAGUGGCCAAUCAGGGCAGCCGUUGCAUCACAGUGGCCAAUCAUCGCAGCCGCCUCGCCAGCCGCAGCCUCAGCCUCAGCCACAGCCACAGCCACAGCCACAGCAACCUGGGCAGAACAGUCACCCUCACAGCGAUCUGAACUUUAACCCAUCCUCAGAUGGGCAGAUGGGUCAGGGAGCCCAGGAUAUGCCUGAACCCUCACUGGAUCUGCUUCCUGAGCUGGCCAACCCUGAUGAGUUAUUAUCCUACCUGGACCCCCCUGACCUUCCCACCAACAGCAAUGAUGACCUCCUGUCUCUCUUUGAGAACAACUAGCCCUUCACCUCUCCCAAAACCGUCCUUCGCACACAGAAAUAGUGAUGUGUUUGCUUGUCCAUAGACACUCCAUUGACCCUUGGACAGACAAGUUCAAGCAUCUCCCUGUGUGCAAGCACGCACGUGCACACACACACACACACACACACACACACACACACACAAUCAUGCACACAUGCAACUUGUCAAUUGACAAUGUGUGGUAUAAGGAAUGUGGCUCAAUGAGGCAAUGGCACCUGUUUGGGAGCUCAGUGGGAUUUACGAUGGAGAAGGCAGGAGAACCACUUGUAUCUUCAUUCCCCUCUUUCGGUGUAAAGAUUUCACUUUAUCCUUUUGCCUCUGAUUCUCAACACACCAUCCACAGCCAUGUUGGCCAGCAAAAGUGAUAUUAUAUAGUGAUAUUAUAUGAUAUCUGUGACUAUAUGAUCAAAAACUGUGCAGCUAUGAUCAGUUCAUGUGUACAGAACAUGGAGGACAGGAUGCGGGACCCUUUGUGGGCUUUAAAAAAAAGUGUUGUAGCUUUUUUUAAUUAUGAUUUUCCAUUUGUGAAAAAAAAAAGUGACACAAAUUGGAGGGGGAAAACGUUGUUGCGUGAGAUUGUUUUUAUCCUAUUUGAAAUAUGAAAUAUGCUCUUCCAAGACUGGCAUAGGCCAUGUCCUUUAACCCCUACUUCCGAAUGUAUGUGUGUGUGUGUGUGUGUGUGUGUGUGUGUGUGUGUGUGUGUGUGUGUGUGUGUGUGUGUGUGUGUGUGUGUGUGUGUGUGUGUGUGUGUGUGUGUGUGUGUGUGUGUGUGUGCGUGCGUGUGUGUGCGUGCGCGCGCGUUCGUGUGUGUGUGUGCCUUCAGGUGGACAUUAGCUUUCCUAUAGACCGUUAACUAACUGGAACACAACGCAGGACCUCACCAGAUCAGAGCACUGAAGGGUAACAAAAAGUGUGAACAGAGCGCACCAUCUAUGAUUCUGUGGUAUAAUAUAUGGGUGUGUUUGUCUGUGUGAGCUUGAAUUUGUGCACAUUUUUUUUUGUUUCUGUGCACAUGAAAUGAUAGUGGGAAGAAAAAGAUGAGAUUUGAAUGUGUGUGUGUGUGUGUAUGAGAGAGAGAGAGAGAGACAAAUGAGAGAGAGAAAUUCAUGCACCUCAAUGAACCGCCUGUCUUUGUGUACCUGUCCCUGGCUAUCAAUCCACCCAGCCUAGUUCUGGUGAUAUUUGUUGUAUUGUCAUGCCCUCCCUAAUCAAACUCAGUACCACUUUGUUAAGUGCAUGAGUGCCAAUGGCUCCUGUUGUCUUUUGUCAAUGCUCAACACGUUUGAUUCUGAUUUGUUCCUUGUCUUAUUCAUAUUUAUUAUUUUCUUGCAAAUUCAUGCUUCUUUUUUUUUUAAUCAUUGCCUUUUACUAUGUCGUUCAUCCUUGUCCCACUUUGAAACUGAUAAGGUACAUAUCACCAAAGUUAUCCUAUGCUUUUUGUAAAGGGUCGGCUUGGAUAUAUUGUCGGUGUAAAGAGCGGGAUGUUAACAUCCGACAGACAUGAAGUUUUGAAAUCACUGUAUUUAAAAGUGUCUGUGUGAUUAUAUAGGAUUUUCUUUUGUCAUUUUGUUACCAUUGAAUUACAUUAGUCAUUUUGGAUGAACAUCUUGCAUGAUUCAACAACCUUUCUAAAAGCUGUUGUAUAUACCCUUUGUGAAUAAUUUGUGAUUGUACAGUACUUUCCCUCUCUGUUACUGGAAACCACACAGUUGUGUUUGUCUGUCAAGGACUAAAUACACACGCACAUACACACACACAGCACACGGAUACACUUGCUUACAUACAUUUCUUGAAAUGGCUCAUAAUUAUUGUAAACCCAUCAAUAUAUACAUUCUCACUAGCCUUGCAUUGAACACCUGUGUGUUGGUGUACUGUUUCCAAAUUCUAAUUUUCCCAUGACAAGGCAUCAGCGAAAAAUAAUAUUUUAAACACCCUGCAAGCAAGAUAAAAAUUACAGUCAGUGUUUUUUUCUGUUUUUUUUCCCCCUCAUGCACGUCAGCUUUUGGCGGGCUGUCUUUUUUUAAUCUUUGUGAAAGACUGUUCAUACAAUUUGAAGUUCCAAAAUUCAUCCAGAAUCAUUUGUGUAAUAUUACUGAAGCCAAUAAUUUGUUGUUUUUAUUUAAAGUAAUAACGUGCAAAAAUGUCCCCUGGUUUAUUUUUGAUGCCUGACAAAAGCUUUUGAUAUCCACAAUUCAGCAAGUAUUGUUUGUAUUUCCAUGAUAUCAUGUUAUUUUAAAGAUUUAAAUUAUUACUUUUUAUCCAUUGUUUUGUAUUGUGAUAGUUAUAAUUUGGUCGACAUGAUUUUAUGCAGUAAAUUUAUGUCAGAUAUUGACGCAGACUACACGUUCCCCGUUUGAGGAAGGUUUGUUUUCAGUUUGAAAAAAAAACUAAUUAAGGCUGAGCAAGUCACCAACAUCUAACAAAGCUGAAGCAUUGGAUGUUCUAUUUGUUGUUUGUGUGUUUGUAAGAGACAAUGCACUGCCACAUUGGGAUAUUGUAUCGCCCCUACAUAGUGUGUUACAAAACCUGUUUGUUUAACCCUCCACAAACUCACGUUAAAAAAAAAAAGAAAAAAAAGGGUUGAUCUUCGAGGCUCCCUGCCCUGUCACAAACCGUACGGCUUGGUUGUAGACUCUGGAGCUUUUUUUGGGGGGGGGGGGGUGGUAUCAAAGGAAAAUGGCAUGAAAUGAAUAUUUUAAGAGGGAAUUGAAGACGAGUUGGGGUGGGGGCCUCCCUUCUGCUUCAGAUGCAAGAGAAGGAUGUGGCAGGGAUGUGGGGGGGAGGGGAGCGGGUUGUAAGGGACAUUUGUACAUAAUGUAAAUGACAAAUUAGAGACACGUUAACAGAAAUGUAUUCAUUUUCUCCAGGGGGAAUGUGCAUAGUGUAUUUAGAAUUUGUAAAGCUUGCAUCCUCCUGUCAAGACGUUGAAUUGAGAAAAUGAGUCCGUGUUCGAUACUGUCUGUGCAGACCCUUCUAACCACACCUGUUCAUUUAUGUAAGAUACUUUAUGUACUCCUCCACGCGAGGUUUCAAAUUAAAAAAAAGAGACACUUUUUUUUCCUUUGUGUAAUAUUAAACUUCUGUGUAUUUCUCUAUUACCUGUGUACUUUAUAAAGGUGCUAUAAAAUGAUAAAGAGCCUUUUGAGGUAUAAUUGGGACUUGGAGACGUGGAGCCAUGAGAUGCUCCUAAAGAUUGUUUCCAAAUUUACAGUUUGUACAAUUUUGUCAAAUUUACAGUUUUUACACAAUUUGGCAAAAUAUGCUAUAAAAGGUACAACCUGAAAUGAUUGGCACAACAGGUGGCAGUUGUCUCUUUGGUUUUGUACAUUCUGUGUACAAUCAUUUCAUAUUCUAAACUGGUCAGAAAAACAUUGUGAUUUUUAGUCUUGCAAAUCUGUAUGUAGUUAGAUGACGUGACAUCCUAAUAUUUAUCUAAUAAAUAUGUAUUCAGAUGAAA